AUGGAUAUGAAGCAAGACGAACGCGAAGGAAUCGAUGAUUUUGUGAUGAGAGUUAGAAAGAAACAUCAAAGAAUCAAUUGGGAUACUAUGAAAGAUAAGUAUAGCUUAAAUGAUUUAAUGAUUGGUGUGACUAUAACUAGAGGUACAACUAGCGUUAACAUUCGUGAAUAUUGUUUAUCGCGAAGCGGGGUACCCAACCUUGACGAUGUAUUAGCUAAAGGCCGUAGUCGUGAAAGUAUGAAACAACAUGACAGAGAAAUGAUUGGUAAUACAGACACUGCGGGGCGGGAAAUAACUUUUAAAUCGGAACCGGCUUUCACGGUUAAGAGUCGUUAUGGAAAAUACAUCGCUAAGUUUGACUUAGAAAAGAAUCAAAAGGCAAUGUUUGAUACUAAUAGGAAAUGUAAAUUUUGUGGGUUUGAUUGGCCACGUCCCAAGGGACCAACAAGUUGUCCAGCAUGGGGAAAAGAAUGUCGUAAGUGUGUGCAGAAAAAUCAUUUUGCUCGAUGUUGUAAGGAAGAAAAAUUUAAGGAUUCGAAGAAAACUGUAAAAGCAACAUGGCGGUUGUGUGAAUCUUCAGAGUUCAGAGUCGUCGGACAGUGAUGAAGGAACUGUCGGGCAUGUAUAUGAAAUAGGCUCUCGCACGCAUGAGAGAGUAAUUGUUAAGGUCGAAGAGAAACGUGUUGACUUUAGUAUCGAUACUGGUUCUAGUAGCGUGAUUAUGACCAAACAAACAUACUUAGAUUUUAACAAGAAUCAAGAUAUUUCCCUUAAUAGAACAGGUGUAAAACUUACACCGUAUGGCUUUGAUAAUCCACUAAAUCUACUGGGUAAAUUUAGAGCAAAGAUCGAAUAUAAUGAUAGACAGAUAGAAGAAAUAGUUUAUGUGGUUGAUACUACAGAAGGACAAAAAAGAUGUUCUUGAGUAAAGUGUAGCUGAGAAGCUAGGGAUCAUAACAUUUCAUAUAGCUGAGUGGGCGGUAUAUAGCAUAGCGCAAACGAAGAAGGGACGGAGUCCAAAGCUUCAAGAUGUGCUUGAGGAGUACGAGGACCGGUUUAGUGGUAUCGGUACACUAAAAGAUAAACGUGGGAAGAUAAAAUGUGUUAAGAUACAAGUUGAUCCAGCAGUGAGACCAGUAGCACAGCCAUAUCGCUUACCGCCAAUACAUCUGGAAGACAAACUCAUCAAAGAAUUGGAUAAAUGGGAGGACAGCAAUGCAACAGAAACAGGGCCCAUAAUUGAGAAAAUUCCAGAAGACCAGCCGACGACAUGGCUGUCCAAUUUGGUCGUGACACCCAAGAAGUUUAAGCCCGGACAGGAUAUUAAAGACAUGGAAGUGAGACCUAGCGUCGACAUGAGAUGUCCGAACAAGGCAAUCCGUACAACGAAGUGCCACAUCACGACUAUAUUAGAAGUUCGACGUAAGUUGCAGAAGGCUGGUGCUACUAGGUUCACGAAGCUUGAUAUUCACAGAGGAUAUUUAAACAUGGUCCUAAAUCCGGAUAGUAGAGAUAUCACAUCGCAUCAUACCCCACGUGGACCUCGACGGUUUACGCGUAUGAAUUAUGGUACAAAAUCGGCUGCUGAAACAUUCCAGAAGGAAAUUAGCGAAGCCUUGGAAGGACUAGAGGGAGUAUUGAAUAUAAGUGAUGACAUAUUGGUAUAUGGCAAGCAUGAAGAAGAGCAUGAUCAUAAUGUAGAAGAGACGUUAAAGAGAUGUAGAGAAAGAGACAUAAGAUUGGGUCCUGAGAAAUGUGAGUUCAACCUACCUGAAGUAACUUAUUACGGAUAUGUAUUCUCGGGAAAUGGGAUGAAGCCCGACCCGAGGAAAGUUGAGACUUUGAAGAAUGCUGAACCGCCAGCAAACGUCAGCGAAUUGAGGUCAUUUCUAGGGAUGGCAGGCUACAGCUCUCCAUUCAUUCCCCAUUAUUCAGAAAAGACGGCGAGGUUGAGAGAUUUGCUGGUCGAGAAGGAAUACUGA